AUGGCUGAUAAACUCCAGCUACCUCGAGUCCUCUGCCUUCAUGGGGUUGGCUCCAACGCGGAUGUGUUGUUUCUCCAGACUCGAGUUCUACGCGAUAGGUUGUCCUUGUCCUUUCGUUUCGUCUUCGCCAACGGUCCUUUCUUCUGCGAAGCCGGGCCAGGGAUGCUCCCCGUCUAUGGAGGCGCUGAUCCCUUUCGACGAUGGUUUCGAUGGUCACCCUCACAUCGAGUACUCAAGCCAAAGUACCACAUAGAAGCGAUCAGAAAAUGCCUCGAAGAUGCAAUGGCUGGAGACGAUGAAACUGGUGGAUGUGGACCGUGGGUUGGUCUUUUGGGCUUUAGUCAAGGGGCAAGACUAAGCGCCUCUAUCCUAUUCGAGUCUCAGAGACGCCAGGAAUCUCAACAAAAGGGCGAGAAAACGGGGGGGCUACGAGGGGGAUUUGGAUUCCAUGCUCUGGAGUCAACACUGGCAGUUCGCAGUAUUGUUCUCCGGUCCCGCGCCGCUCGUCGCACUCUCGCCUGA